ACCUCUAUUGGUCGAGCCUGAACUGUCAUGGCUGCGCCCGUGUAACCCGGAGCCACCGCGGAGCGGAGAGCGGCGGCGGGGGCCCGCCGAGUCAGGAGACACUAUGCUGCGGGCCGCGUGGCGUGCGCUGAGCUCCGUUCGUGCCCAGGCGGUGACACAGGCCCAAGUCCCUGCGCUGAGGGUCGGAAGCAGCGCCAGUCUGCCCUCCGCACGCUGCAGCCUUCAGAGUCAAAGUCUCCUGCAUGCCGCCCGUGCAUACGCCGUUCAGAAACCAGUCCAACCCAAGCAAGACGAUGAACCACCCUCUUCCACAUUCAUCAAAGAAUACAAGAACAUCAUCCCCAACAUGGAGAAGGUUGAUGAUGUGGUGAAAAGAAUCUUGUCUUUGGAAAUGGCCAACAGGAAAGAGAAGUUAAAAAUCAAGCGAGAACAAUUGAUGAACAAGAUUGCGGAAAACCCUGAGGAUUCCAGAACCUUGGAGGCUCGAAUUAUUGCCUUGACUGUCAGGGUCCGCAAUUAUGAAGAACACAUGCAGAAACAUCGAAAGGACAAAGCCCACAAACGCCAUCUGCUGAUGAGCAUCGACCGGAGGAAAAAGCUGCUCAAAAUCCUCCGUCAGACCAACUAUGAUGUCUUCGAAAAGACAUGCAAGGAGCUGGGGAUAGAAUACACCUUACCCCCUCUGCAUUUCCAGAAGAUUCACCGCCGCUUCCUGGCCAAGAAGGCACUGUGCAUUCAGGUUUACCAGGAGGUGCAAAAGCUGAAGAAGCAAAAGAGGGCCCUGAAAGCUGCUGCAGCUGCUGCCAAAAAACAAAAACAUGAGGGGGUGCCAGAGAGCCCUUCAAAUGCCCUACCAGAGAAGACCAAAGUAAAUUAAUAAAGUCUGUUCCCCUGAAGAAUGAUGGAAGAUGGCCUUCUUUUUAACCUAAGGAAAAGGAGUUUAUUUUUAAUUUUGCUCUGGGAUCUCAGAGGCAGAGUCCCUGCCAUCACCCCAGAGGAUGCAGUCACAGAAACAAAUACAUGGUAUGUUUCAGAGUGGCACUGCUGGCAGCCGGAGGAACUGUCUACUGGACGGCCCUAAAGGAAGAGGAGAGUUCACUGAACAGGAGAAACAGCAUUUAGGCAGAAGAACUGCAAGUUAAAAGGGAAAGAAAUCUAAAGCCAUACAUUCAGGGACAGUGGGACUCAAAUACUAUAACUUUGGAGUUAGGGCGUCAGUCUAUGAAUGGAACUCAGGUAGAGAAACAGUUUGCCAGUCAGUGGUGGGGCACACCUUUAAUCCCAGCACUUAGGAGGCAGAGGCAGGCAGAUCUCUUGAGUUUGAGCCCAGCGUAGUCUACAGAGUGAAUUCUAGGUCAGCCAAGUUUACUCAGAAAAAAACCGUCUUGAAAAAUAAAACAAAACAAAAAUUCAUCAUACUGAAGAAAGAACUCUGAACCUCAUUCUGAGAAAGGACAUGCCACCAAGAGAAAGCUAUUUGAAGUGCUACUGAAGAGCAGGGGAACGACGAGGGCUGUGGACAGAACCCGAGCAGCUUGGGAGCCGUCAGGGUUAACUGAGGCCCUGGGUGUGUACUGCCAGUGGCUGUACUGAGCUUUAGUGUUCAAAUGACUAGUUCCAGCACUUGGGAGAGACAGUAUCAUUUCAGGGUUAUCGUCCAUUGCAUGGCUAGUUUGAGGCCAGUCUAGACUCCAUGAAACCCUCUCUCCAAAAGUUUAGUUGCCGAGGAAAGAUAAUGUAGAAAGAAAAAUGGGCCAUGUCAGGAUGGGAAAAUUAUUUCUGAGGGCAUCCCUGAGAUGGAGGAGAUGAGUGGGUGGAAGGGAUCAGAAGUCAAGCUGAACUGUUGGCUCUCACCUCCAGGAUCACUGAGGGAGGAUUAUGACGGGCCUGGAACACACACCUGUUUAGAGGUGCUGUGCUGCAGGACCAGGCCUCAGCCUUUCAGGGAGAGAAAGCCACAGCAGGGUCAGGCCUGCAGGAAAGACACUGUUCUAAAUGCUGCCUUGGGCACUUUACCAUCGCCACAAACUUAAAUUCUUUAUUCCUCAA